AUGGCGAGAAGACGUACCAAGAAGCGGACCCAAGGUCAAGGCCAGAAUGAGGCUGCUAAUUCGAAAAAUGCCGCUUCCCAAUCGCCCAAGUCGAUGGUCAUUCGAAUUGGAGCAAGUGAAGUCGGUUCAAGUGUUAGCCAGCUAGCUAAAGACUUUCGCCUGAUGAUGGAACCCGAUACAGCCAGUCGCUUAAAGGAACGAAAAGCCAACAAGCUCAAAGACUACGUUGUCAUGGCAGGACCUCUCGGCGUCACACAUCUCAUUCUCUUCUCCAAAUCCAGCACCGGAAACACAAACAUGCGUCUCGCCCUCACCCCUCGAGGCCCAACACUUCAUUUCAAAGUGGAAAACUACUCUCUCUGCAAAGAUGUCGCAAAAGCACUUAAACACCCCCGCGGCGGUGGACAGGAUCACCGAACACCUCCUCUUUUAGUCAUGAACAACUUCAAUACUCCAGACGCCAACGAAAACUCGAAGAUACCCAAACGUUUGGAAUCGCUUGCCACGACUGUUUUCCAAUCGUUGUUCCCUCCUAUCAAUCCCCAGGCUACACCGCUGACUUCGAUACGUCGCGUGAUGAUGCUGAACCGUGAGAAGUCGCCUAACGAUGAUUCCUAUAUUCUUAAACUUCGUCACUACGCAAUCACUACGAGAAAGACUGGUGUUUCGAAGAGAAUUCGUCGUCUUGACCCAACGCUACAAAGACAUAAAGAUCCCAAGAAGAGCUUGCCCAAUUUGGGCAAAUUAGAGGAUGUUGCUGACUAUCUUCUCGAUCCAGCUGCGGGCGGUUACACAUCAGCGAGUGAAACAGAACUGGACACGGAUGCAGAGGUUGAGAUCACUGAAAGUACGACCCGUAAAGUGCUCAGCAGGCGGGAGAUGCAGCGCGCAAAAGCGGGUGAAAAUGCAACAGAUAAGCAGCCCGGAAAGCCUAAUGUUGAAAAGAGAGCUGUCAAAUUAGUCGAGCUGGGACCUCGUAUGACUUUACGGUUGAAGAAAGUCGAGGAAGGACUGUGCGGUGGAAGAAUCAUGUGGCAUGAGUUCAUCUCCAAGUCGGAGAGGGAGGUUAAGAGGAUGGAUGACGAAUGGAACCGGAGGAGAAAAGAGAAGGAAGAGCGCAAGAAGCAGCAGAGGGCCAAUAUUGAGAAGAAGAAGCAGGAUAAAGCCAAAGCAAAAGCCAAUGGACAAGGUGGUGACAAUGCAGAUGACGAUGAGGAUGUUAGCAUGGACGAUGAUUAUGAGUGGGAUAGUGACGAGUAUGAUCAGGAGGUUGGUGUCGAACAGGACAGUGAGGAUGAGGGCGGCGAUGAAGACGAGUCUAUGGAAGAGUAG